AUGGCGAAUGCGGCAGCGUCGGCGACGCGCGAGAUCUUCGACGGCAUGGACGAUCACAGCAAGAACAGGUUCUCCUGCAUCGCGAUGCUCAUCGUCUAUGCGCACAACGGCAGGCCCUUGGACUCCAAGAAUCUCUUCGAUCGCAUCCCCGGUGGUAGAGAUUCCGUGGCGUGGAGUUACCUCAUCGGCGCAUUUGUCAAGAUCGGGGAUCUUGAGCACGCAAGGCACGUCUUCGAUCUCCUCCCGCGGUGGACCGUCGUCACAUCCACGGCGAUUGUCGUGGCGCUGGCGAAGCGUGGCAAGGCCGAGGACGCCAGAGCGAUAGGCCAGGAUGAAGCGCUGGCCAAGAAGGUCUUCGAUUCGAAGCCCCAGCGAGAGGUGGUGUCACGGAGCGGGCGUGUGGAAGAAGCGCGAGCUGCCGGCCUUGAACAUCGUCUGGUGGAACCUGAUGAUCCAGGCGUUCGCGGACUAUCUCCUGGUGGACGAAGCCAAGGAGCGCUUCCAUCCAGCGAGCACGACUUCGUGUCAUGCACGGCCUACUCGCAGACCAGCCAGAUCUUCCUCGCGAAAGCAGCCGUCGAUCGAAUUCCCCAGCGCGAUGUGGUGUCCUGCCAGUCCUUGAACCAGUUGAGAUUGUUCUCGGCAGCCACCAAAAAGGUAUUUCCACACAGAGACACGAGAGAUGUCGAUGAUGUCCGGAGGAUACAAAAACGAACCCAAGCAAAUGAAGUUAGUAACUGCGAAUAG